AUGACUACUGAGUUUAAGACUGGCUUGGCCACGCCUCGGCAGGUUCCCCACACGCCGCCCGACCUUGACAAAAGGGCGUAUGAUUCUUCUGCAGUAGCUGUUUGUGGGAUUGGUCUCCGUCUUCCGGGAGGCAUACGAAACACCCAAGACUACUGGGAGCUUCUCAUCAACGGUCGAGAUGCUCGUGGUCCCAUACCUUCGAGUCGUUAUAAUGUCAAAGGCUUUGAUGGCUCCCUGGGUGGCAGAGGAGCAAUCAAGACGAAUUUUGGGUACUUCUUGGAUGAGGAUCUUUCGGCGUUGGACACAACUUUCUUCUCGAUGACUCGGAAAGAAGUAGAGAGUUGUGACCCCCAGCUGCGUCACCUUCUGGAAGUGGUGAAGGAGUCUCUCGAUGACGCUGGGGAAAUUAACUACAGGGCCCAAACGGUCGGCUGUUAUGUCGGCACAUUUGGCGAUGAUUGGAUGUUGAUUGGUUCCAAAGAGACACAGCAUCAAGAAGGUUAUGGAUAUCUAUCUUUCGGGAAUGAUAUGAUGCUUGCCAACCGUGUGUCAUACGAAUUUGAUUUUAGAGGUCCGAGCUCCGUUGUGAAAACGGGAUGCUCGGCAUCACUUGUGGGCCUACACGAGGCCUGCCGUGCGAUGCAAAACGGUGACGCAACAUCAGCCAUCGUCGCUGGUACUAGCAUCAUACUGACCCCAACCAUUUCGGCAUCCUUCACCUCGGAAGGAAUCUUGUCUCCCGACGCAUCAUGCAAAACUUUUGAUGAAAGGGCAAAUGGAUUUGCACGAGCGGAAGCAAUCUGUGCCAUAUAUGUCAAGCCUCUUGGGGCGGCGCUCCGCGAUGGCAAUCCGAUUCGUGCAAUCAUCAAGGGAACAGGGACAAACUGUGAUGGCAAGAGUGACGGAUUACUGAAACCAAGUGCGAUUACCCAGGAGGCCUUGAUACGAUAUGUCUAUUCUGAGAAUGGGCUGAAUCCAAGUGAUACAGCCUACGUCGAGUGUCAUGGUACCGGCACCUCAACAGGAGACCCGAUCGAGGCCAACACCGUGGGUAAAGUCUUCGGGGCUUCCGGGGUCUACAUUGGCUCCGUAAAGCCCAACGUCGGCCAUGCUGAGGGAGCUUCUGGUUUAAAUAGCCUCAUAAAAUGCGUGCUGGCACUCGAAAACAAAAUCAUUCCACCAAACAUCAAGUUCGAGAAGCCCAACCCCAAGAUACUCUUCCAAGAGAGGAAACUUCAAGUGCCCAUUCAGCCGACUCCCUUCCCUUCUGACAAAUUGGCUCGCAUCAGCAUCAAUUCUUUUGGCAUUGGGGGUUCAAAUGCACAUGUCGUUCUUGACGCCUUUGAGCCAUUUGAACCAGCUACUUUCUCUCCUCAGCAGCGCCGUAUGAACCUUCUUCUCUUGUCGGCAAACACGCCAAAGUCACUAGAAACAAAUGUGGACAAGUACCGCGCCUUCAUUGGGCAAAACGCUGAGAUCCAUACAUCAGACUUCGCUUAUACUCUGGCUCUACGGCGAGAGAAGCUCGCUCAUAGGGCCUUUGCUUUGGUUCAUGAUGGCACCAUCACUAACGUAUCAAGCUCCACGCAUUCAUCUGGAGUGCAGCCUCCCGUAUAUUUGAUAUUCACCGGACAGGGGGCUCAGUGGGCUGGCAUGGCGAAAGAACUCAUAGAGGAGGAUGGACUCUUCAAGAAGGACAUUUGUUUCAUGGAUGCUGUCCUGAGUCAGGCCCUGCACCCUCCAUCGUGGACGAUUCUCGAGGAGAUCAACAGGCCUGCGGGAGAGAGCAGGGUUAACCUGCCAGAAAUUUCUCAACCUUUGUGUACGGCUAUCCAAGUUGCGCUCUUCAACCGUCUCUCCCACAUGGGGAUCCGCCCUACCUGUGUAGCAGGUCACUCUAGUGGCGAGAUUGCGGCUGCGUAUGCUGCUGGUGCCCUCUCAAUGGAAGCUGCCAUUAUCACUGCAUACUAUCGUGGCUAUGCAGCGGCCAAGCUGGCUGCUGACGGGACCAUGGCGGUAGUAGGACUCUCUGCCGCGGAGAUCACGCCUUUUCUUUUAAUGGGUGCUGUUAUCGCAUGUGAAAAUAGCCCGAAGAGCACAACCAUUUCGGGGAAUCGCACAGCAGUCUUCAAAGUCCUCGAAAGGAUCAAGGCUGUAUGGCCGGAGGUUUUCACGAAACCGCUAGGUCUCAGUAUCGCAUAUCACUCUCACCAUAUGCUUGCGAUUGGAGAUGCAUAUGCCGAUCUUUUGCAGCGGGAGUUUCAGAGACUUGAUACGUGGUCGGGUGUUCCUUCAGUACCUUUCUUUUCCAGCGUUACAGGCCAAGCUCUUGAUGAUUCAACCAUACUUGGGCCCGGAUACUGGCUCUCAAAUCUCAUCUUGCCCGUUAGAUUUUCGACAGCCAUAUCUUCACUCUUGCGUACUCUGGGCAGUGGCCUCUUUCUCGAAGUUGGACCUCAUGGCGCUCUCGGUGGCCCAUUGAGACAUAUUUCAAAACAAGAAUCGCAGACGUGCUCCUAUGUCUCUACGUUGACCCGUGGAGAGGAUUCCUUCAAAAGCUUCCUGAUCUCUAUUGGAAAGUUAUACCAAGAAUCUCUCAACGUUAACGUGGCGUCUCUUUAUCCCAACGCAAAAACUCUACCGAAUCUCCCCACGUAUUCGUGGGAUCAUAGCAAAUCUCUCUGGUACGAGAGCAGAGUCGCCAAAGACUGGCGAUUCAGGAAAUACCCUCACCAUCCUCUUCUGGGUAUUCGUACUCCGGAGACGUCUGGGGUCCACCCACAAUGGCGAAAUGUUUUGUAUCUGGGAGAUGUGCCUUGGCUCGUUGACCAUAAGAUUCGGCAGGACAUCGUAUUCCCCAUGGCCGGGUAUAUAUGCAUGGCCGGAGAAGCAGCACGACAGAUCAUGGGAGGAACCGGUGGCUAUAGUGUCAGACAUGUUGUUGUGAAAUCGGCCCUGGUGGUUCCGGAUGCCGUCGGAACUGAAAUUAUCACGGCUUUCCGGAGACACAAGUUGACGGACAGCAAUGAAUCCGAAUGGUUCGAUUUCAGCAUCACGUCCUACUCCGGGUCUAUCUGGAUCACCCAUUGUGAAGGACAGGUUACAACCAUUUCUACCAUCCCAGGGACUUCUCAACCACCUAAGAACUUGCCACGUCAGGUCUCAACCGCACGAUUCUAUGAGAGGCUCUCAGAGGUCGGCAUAAACUUUGGACCUUGGUUCAGGCGACUUAGAAACGCAUCGUCUUCGGUCACUGAGGACUGUUCCACGGCUGAGGUUGAAGGUCCCAACCAAGGGCAACAUGACACGUCGUAUGCCCUCCACCCCGUGGUUAUAGAUGCCUCAUUCCAACUUGCGAUAAUGGCAGGAGUGAGGGGACUGGGCAGAAAAUUGACCAAACUUCGUCUACCUACGCUUCUUGAUCGGGUAGAUGUCCUCCCAGGUUCUGACAUCAUACAGGCCGUUUCCAGGGCCCCUAGAGGCGACGGAUCGGAGGUUGUGGAGUGCUCUUCUGACGGCUUACUGGUGCUGAAAGUUUCAGGGCUUCAUACAAGCAUCGUCGAUGAUGGCGGUGAUGUCGACGAUUCGGACCCGCAUGCCGCAGCGAGACUGGAAUGGGUUCCCGAUUUUGACUUCGUUGAUCCCGCGCCGCUCCUCAAGCCUGCUGAUUUCAACACUGAUGAAAUCCGCUUAAUUGAGGAAAUGGCAUAUCUUUGCGUUCUGAACACCUUGGAGAGGAUUGAGGGCCUCGAGCCAAGUCAACCGCACUUCCAUAUCUAUCGGAGGUGGCUGAAGCGAGAGGUCAACCUGUCAGAAAAUGGCGGCAAUGCACUCGUUCCCAAUGCCGCUGCGUUCUCGAAGAUGAGUACGGAUGAGCGAUGCCGUCGAAUCAACGAUCUGUAUGAACUGCUUCUAAAAAUGGGCAAGAAGAGUCUCAGCCUCGGCCUGAAGCGAAUUUUUGACCAUUUCGAUCAAAUAUUCACCGGCAAGGCGGAACCCAUUGAUCUCCUCACACAGGAUGGACUGUUGACGGAGCUAUAUAAUGCAGUCAGCUUCGGAUACGGCAAUUUUGUUCGUAUUCUGUCUCAUAGCAGACCAACACUGCGAAUCCUGGAAGUUGGCGCCGGCACUGGAGGAACGACCGAUCUUCUUCUCCGUGAAUUGGUCCACAACGGCUUGCCUCGAUAUUUGAAUUACACUUUCACCGAUAUCUCGGCUGGGUUCUUCUCGCAAGCCAAAGAGCGUUUUUCAUACGCUCCCAACAUGGAAUACAAGGUACUUGAUAUCACGAAAGAUCCUCUCGGCCAAGAUUUCCAACCCUCUUCGUACGAUCUCAUCAUCGCCGCUAACGUGGUUCACGCAACUCCAUCCAUAAAGGAGAGUUUAUCAAACCUAAACAAACUCUUAAAACCGCGAGGAAUGCUGCUCCUUACUGAGUUGUGCAGCGAGCUUCGUGUCGCCGGAUAUAUUUUCGGCACCUUCUCUGGCUGGUGGCUUGGGCAGAACGAUGGCCGAGAAUUCUCUCCCUAUGUGGAAGUUACCCGAUGGGACCAGGAACUGAAAGGAACUGGUUAUACUGGCGCCGAGACAGUUGUAUAUGAUGGGUCGCCGCCAUUCACUUGCUGCAAUACCAUCCUUUCAAGGAAAGUAUGGGACGAGCCUAAGCCGAACCAUAAAGUGUCUCUCCUUUCCUCGACGCCUUCCACAGGGGUUGCACAAGUCAUCAGAAACGCGCUUGAGGAGAGGGGCAUUGAAGUUACGGAUAUCACAAUCGGGGGCGAGGUCCCCGAGAAUCAGGAGAUUAUUUCCUGCCUUGACCUCGAAGGAAAUUUCUUCAAGGAUAUCACUUCGGAGGACUUUGCAGGAUUCCAGGCGCUUAUUUCCCAUUUCAAGUCGCGGAGGACCCUUUGGUUGACCAACCCCGUCCAGAUCAAAUGCAACGAUCCGUGGUCAGCGCCAUGUCUAGGCGUAACACGAAGUCUCCGUUCUGAGCUUGAACUCCCUAUCUUUACUCUGGAGAUUGACGCAGAAGAGGAAAAUUUUUCGGCUCUCGUGCUUCAAGUUUUUGACAAAAUUCGAAGGGAAGACCCCCCCGAGAACCUAGAAACAGACAAAGAGUUUGCUGUUUGUAAUGGUACAGUCUGUAUUGGGCGCUAUCAGCCAUUUUCGGUCGUAGACGAGAUGGCCGAGAAGAGCGUUCAGACAGUGAAGAGCACUGUCGCCCUUGACAUCGGGAAACGUGGUUUAUUCGAGACUCUGCAGUGGAGGCGACGGGAAGCCAUCGACACAGUACCUGAUGACUCGGUUGAGAUUGAAUGCCGCGCUGUUGGCCUCAACUUCCGAGAUGUCUUGAUGGCUAUGGGCGUGAUACCAAAAACCUCCUCUCAUUCGGAACUCGGCAUUGACGUUUCAGGGGUGAUUGUGCAAGCUGGGCCUAAGGUCAAGGGUUUGCGUGUCGGCGACCGCAUCUUUUGUAUUGCCCCUGAAGGUUCACUAGCGACGCGGAUAGUACUUCCGAGCGCGCUAGUCAAGAGAAUACCGGAUACCUUGAGCUUCGAGGAGGCAGCGAGCAUCCCAGUCGUAUUCACGACAGCGUUGCAGGGUCUGAUCAACAUCGGCCGCCUCGAGAAAGGUCAAAGUGUCCUCAUUCAUUCAGCAUGCGGAGGCGUUGGUCUGGCAGCGAUUCAAGUGGCUCAGAUGGUCGGCGCCGAGAUAUUCGCGACGGUUGGAGAUGAAGAAAAGGUGACGUACCUCACCAGAGUGUUUGGGAUCCCGAGGAACCGAAUAUUCAGCUCCCGGGAUGAAUCCUUCUACGAAGGAAUCAUGAGGGAGACGAACGAUUCCGGUGUAGACGUUGUCCUAAACUCUCUGUCUGGUAGCCUGCUUCAUACGUCCUGGAAGUGUGUGGCGCCGUUUGGGAUGCUUGUGGAGAUUGGAAAGAGGGAUCUUUUGGAGCACGGCAAGUUGGACAUGAAUCCAUUCCUCGCCAACAGGACUUACUUCUGCUAUGACGGGAUUGAGGUUUCCCGUAAACGACCUGAGACUAUGGGAAGGCUACUGGAGAAAUUCCUUGGGCUUUAUGAGGCGGGCCUUCUUCGGCCAGUGCCAGAAAUUGCAACGUUCGACGCAUUGAAGGCCGAAGCAGCCUUCCGAUUCCUUCAAGACGGGCGUCAUAUUGGCAAGGUCGUCAUCUCAUUACCGCGGGAACUCGACACAAUAUACAGUCCGGCCCAUUUGUCUUGUCGCACACUUCAGUUCGAGCCGGCAGGCAGUUAUCUCCUCAUCGGGGGACUUGGUGGGCUUGGUAGGGUGACGGCCACUUGGCUCGUCGAGAGGGGUGCUCGUUCUCUAACUUUCUUAUCACGGAGGGCUCAGAGUGAAGAGAAUGCAGGAUUUAUCGGAGAAUUAGAGGCUAUGGGAUGCAAAGUCGUUGCCGUGUCUGGCGCGGCGGAAAACCUCGAGGACGUUGAGCGGGCCAUCAAGGAAUCCCAUGCACCUAUCAAGGGGGUAUUCCAUAUGGUAAUGGCAUUAGAGGAUGCGCUGUUUCCGGAGAUGACGUUGGCACAGUGGAAUGGGGCCAUGAAACCGAAAGUUGACGGCGCGUGGAACCUUCAUACUGCCCUUCUUAACCACAAGCUGGACUUUUUCUUCCUGGCAAGUUCUAUCAUCACGGCUGUUCAUCAGCCAGGGCAAAGUAACUACUGUGCAGCCAACGUCUUCCUAGAAGCGCUCUGCCAGUAUAGACAGGGCCUAGGACUGCCAGCAUCCGUUUUGAGCAUCUGUCCGAUCCUUGGCUCCGGAUUUGUGGCAGAAAGUGCCCAGGCACAGCGAAAUAUGAGAGCACAGGGGAUCUACAACCUGAACGAGCAGGCGUACCUCGACUAUGUCGAGCAUUCGCUACUCCUCAACACGACCCAGCUUGCACCAACGGGGCCAUUAACAACUAACCUCACACCAUGGAAGAACGAUGCUCACGUCAUCAUGGGGCUUCGUUCGGAGACGGAUCUCGAGGACCCUUUCAAUCGGACAAACUGGCGGAGAGACAGGAGGAUGGGAAGUUAUCAUAACGUACAGGGAGACCGAGUAACCAACACUACGACAGACCUGGACGAGCUGAAGCUGUUCCUGUCGAGGGCGCAAGAAGGCAAGGCGGCUCUCCUAUCGGAAGAAGCGAUCUCCUUUCUCGGCCAGCAGAUUGGGCGCAAAGUUCACAGCAUCAUGCUUCGCCCGGAGGGAGAGGAGGUUGAUCUUGCAGCUAGCCCAGCGCAAAUGGGAGUCGAUUCGUUGAUGGCGACGGAGCUGAGAAGAUGGUUCAGACAGGUGUUUGGCGUCAAGAUGGGUGUGUUGGAAAUUCUCAGCGCAUCGUCGCUUACACAGCUUGGUCGGGCUGUUGCCGAAGGUUUGUCAGAGAAGUUUGGAGGCCACCUUGGAUUUGCGGCCACCGCCAAGAUCGAUGGAGAGUGGACGGUCGAUAGAGUGCUUGAACAAGUGUCGGAUGGACCAGCCCUCACUACAGGAUCGACAUCGCCGCUGCCAUUCUUUCACCUUCUCGAGAGGCUGAAGACCACGCAGAGAGAGGGAUGGCGGCGAUUUGGAGUUGAGACGUGCGAGUCCAUCGCCGACCACAUGUACCGCAUGUCGAUUCUCACGUUCCUGACCCCUCCCGCCCUCGCCGCGCGCAUAGACACCAAUAAAUGUAUGAAGAUGUGCCUCAUUCACGACAUGGCCGAGUCCCUCGUCGGCGACAUUACCCCCGUCGAUGGCGUCCCCAAGACCGAAAAGAACCGACGCGAGGCCGCCACGGUUGACUUCAUUAGCUCCGGCCUUCUCGGACGCGUCCAUGAUGGCGCCGCCGGUCGCGAGCUACGAGAUAUCUGGCAGGAGUACGAGGACUCCAAGACACUUGAGAGCCUAUACGUACACGACAUCGACAAGAUGGAGCUUCUGUUACAAAUGUACGAAUACGAGAAGAGGGGGAAGCAUGAGCUCGACCUCGGGGAGUUUGCUUAUGUCGCGACUAAGAUUGUGCUUCCGGAGGUUAAGGAAUGGGCGGACGAGCUACUGAAUGAGCGAGAGAAGUUUUGGAGCUCGUGGAAGCACGUCCAAGGUGACCAGGGGGUUAACGGCGGAGUUGCGGAGGGCACGAAGAAGCAGCAGGAUGAGUAUUACUCCAAGGAGUAG